AUGGCUCAUCCAGGUAGACCAAGAGGUCGUAUGAAUAAAAAAACUCAGCAGGCGCAAGCUGCUGCGGCUGCCGCACAAGCACAAGCUGCUGCGCAGGCUCGAUCACAAGCAGCAGCUCGAGCUCAUUUACAAGCUCAGAAUCGUAUUAAAGAAGAACCUGGUGUUCAAGCUCAUGAUGAUGCAGAUUUAAUAUCCUAUAGAACUGAUGCAUUAAAUCGAUUUAUUAAUAAUCAUGAAUAUAUUGAAAAUAUUACUAUGAAAAUGAUUCAUACCAAUAAAAUAAUACCUCCAUCAUUAUUUCCAACUAUACCCAAACGAAAUCCUCAAGAUUUUAAAAAUCUUCAAUCAGAUGAUAUAUAUUAUGGAGAUUUGGAAUAUAUGAAAUUAAAGACUCAAGCUUUAGAAGAUGAAAUAAAAUCUUUAAAAGAUAAUAAAUACCUUGACAAAUAUAUACCACUGGAUGAAAAAUAUAAUUUUGAAAAGGAACAAGUUGAAAAAUUAUCUCAAUUACAAAGCAAUUUACAUUCACAUGAAUCAAUUGAUGAAUUGGAGUCAGAAUUAGAUAAUAUUUUACAAGCUUAUAAAUCAAAAUUUAAUUACAUGUUUCAAACUACAGAAUUAGUAAAGAAAUAUAGUGUCUCAAUUGAAGAUGUUCAAGUUCAAUCAGCUCCAGAGAAUUAUAAUCCAAAGCUGAUAUCUUCAUUUAUAAAUGGUAUUCCUAUGGCUCAAGGACCGAUUAGUCAUACUAAUAAUGGGAAUGAAAUUAAUAAUAAUAUUGCUAUAAAUCAUAAUAAUAAUAUAAUUCCUACGAAUCCUAAUAAUGGUACUAAAAGCUCCAUCAACAACAAUAACAAUAACUUAAAUAAUAAUGUUAUAGGUAAUGUCAAUGGUUUAAGCAGUAAUGGAGAAACAUUCCUUGCUUCUAAUGAUACUGAUAAUUUCAAUCCUGGAAAUGUAUUCUUGAGUCAAUUUGAAGAUUCGGCCAAUUCGUCAGAUUUCGGUGGCCAUUCGAAUGGUAAGAAUUUCAGUAUGUCUUUAUUAAAUUCUUCAAAUGGAUCUACUAAUGGAAUUAAUACCGGGGUUGGUGAUGAAGAAGAUGAAGAAGAUGAAGAUGAUGAAGAUGACGAAGAUGAAGAUGAAGAUGAUGAAGAUGAUCAGGAUAAUAACGCUUCCGGUAUUCCACACAACAAUGAUAAUACUGGAGUGGUGAACGGUUUACCAGGAACCAAUUCUGGCAAUGAUAUUACUACUACUAACAACGACAAUGACAAUAAUCAUGAAGUUGAGGAUGAAGUACCGGAUCAAUUAAUGGAUGAUCAAGACGUCGAUGAUGAUGUACUAUUCCGUGAAACCAACCUCGAUCCAAACCAACAAGUUGUCGACGACGACGACAUAGCAGAUUUGAUUAAUUUUGAUGAAAAUGACGACAAUACAGGGUUUGCUCAAGAUCUCUUAUUUAAUUAA